AUGAAAACACAGAUGGCUAAUAUCAACGCUCAUAACGUUGGCGAAGAGGGUACACUUUUCCGCGUCUUACCUGUAGUUUUGCACGCGGGUGCUAAUAGUGUGUCAACAUAUGCCUUUAUAGACGACGGCUCCUCUCUCACUCUAAUCGAUGAAGAACUGCUGCAACAGCUGAAUGUGAAGGGCACCCCACAGCCACUUUACCUUCGCUGGACAGGCGAUGCACAUCGCUACGAAGACGAUUCAGUUACUCUCGACCUUGCCAUAUCAUCCAAACUCGGGAAUGAAAACUUGCCUCUGAAAGCAGUACAUUCUGUUAAGAAGCUCGAUUUGCCCACCCAAUCGCUUGACGGGGCGAAUCUGAAGGCAAAGUUUAAAUAUUUAAGGGGCUUGCCAUUACAGUCGUAUAACAACGUAACAUCGAAACUUUUAAUUGGGCUAAACAACGCCACACUUGGAUCCGCCAUUAAAUCCAGAUUAGGUGAUGACUACGCGCCUAUAUCCGAGAAAACUAAGCUCGGGUGGACAGUCAAAGGCCACAGAUCUAUAGCACUUCAAGGUGCAACUCAAUACGUCUAUCACAUAUGCGACUGCUCUGAGCAUAAAGAACUUCGUCAGGUUGUUAAAUCCCACAUUUGUCUCGAUAAUUUAGGUGUGGUGGCCAAUAUCCCAGCGUUGAUGUCUAAAGAUGAUGAGCUUUCCGUAGAACAGCUAGAGCAACACACCGUUCGAGUAGGUGAUCGCUUUCAAACUAGCUUGUUGUGGAAGCAUCCUAAUAUGCAGCUACCAGACAGCCUGCCUAUGGCAAAAUAUCGCGCGAAAUGCUUGCUGAAGAAAAUGCAACGUGACCCAAAACUUGCUGAGCAGCUUCAAAAUAAGAUUGCCAACUAUCUGCGAAAAGGAUAUGCCCGGCGAAUGACAUCCGAGGAUGCUGCCGCCAAAAGAUAUUGGUACUUGCCUGUUUUUGCAGUGAGUAAUGCUAAUAAGCCAGGCAAGGUUCGCCUGGUGUGGGACGCAGCUGCUACGGUAAACGGUGUUUCGCUUAACACUAUGCUCUUCGCCGGCCCUGACCUGACAACCCCACUUCUAUCCGUUUUAUUUAAAUUUCGACAAAAACGCGUCGGCAUCACUGCCGAUAUAGAAGAGAUGUUCCAUCAGGUGCGGAUCCGUCCUGCGGAUCAAACUUUUCUGCGUUUUCUGUGGUACGAGCAAAAUAAUACAGAGAGAGAUGACGUUCGGGUCGAAAUGUUCUCCGAGCUGCGCUCAAUUUGUAAAAAAAACAAAAACGCAGCUGAGUUUCGAGAUCAAUUUCCUCGUGCUGCUCGAUGCAUAGUGGAAAAUCACUAUGUUGAUGACAUGUUAGACAGUGUGGACACCGAUGAGGAGGCAGUUCAGCUGGCACUAAACAUUCAAUAUAUCCAUUCCAAAGGUGGGUUUCAUAUUCGAAAUUUUCUUUCAAAUUCAGACCGCGUGUUGAAGGCUUUGAAUGUAAGGUCAGACAAAGCCCUUUGCCUAAAUUUCGAAAGUGAACUACCAACCGAAAAGGUAUUAGGUAUGUGGUGGAUUGCAUCUACAGACCAUUUUACCUUUAGAGUAUCAGCCAAGUACAAGGAAUCUAACUUAUUAGUUUACCAACGUCGGCCAACUAAACGUGAAGUGUUGAGCCUUGUGAUGACAAUCUACAAUCCGCUUGGACUCAUCGGAUUUUACGUGAUAUUUGCGAAAAUAAUCUUACAGGAGAUAUGGAGAUCAGCUUGCGGCAUUCCUGACGAGCAGUUUACAAAGUGGCUUCGAUGGAUUCGCCUUAUUCCAAAAAUUGAAAACAUGCGUAUUCCACGCAACUACAUACGCACCGAGUUUGACAGCCCGCCUCAAAUAGAACUGCAUACCUUUGUCGAUGCUAGCGAGUCAAGCUAUGCAGCUGUGAGCUACAUGCGUUACUCAGAUGGUAAAAUUGUUGACUGUGCGAUGGUUUCUAGUAAAACUAGAGUCGCACCACUUAAGGUGAUGUCUAUUCCUCGGCUGGAAUUGAAGGCAGCGCUCUUGGGAGCUCGUCUCUCUAAGCACGUCAGAGAAUCACACUCCAUUUCAAUUGCCACUUCCACAUAUUGGUCCGACUCGCAAACAGUUACAAACAGUUCGUCGCCUUUCGAGUCAGCGAAAUUUUGGAGUUUACCAAGGUGGAUGAGUGGCGUUGGGUGCCAACCAUCCACAAUGUUGCCGAUGAAGCAACAAAAUGGCAUGGAGAUCCCGAUUUUUGUAAUGAAAGCCGUCUACAGGGACCCGCAUUUUUAA